CGGCGCGUGCGCGCGCAGCGGGGGCGCGGCGACGUGUGUGGGGGGGCGCGGGCGCGCGCGGCUCUCCCCUCGGUCGUCGGCGGCGGCGGCGGCGGCUUCUUUGUUUGGCGAGCGGCGCUCGGCGGGAGGGAAGGCGGCGGCGGCUCUCCGGAGGGACUCGCUGCAGCUUCCGGCACCAUGUCUACACCAGACCCGCCUCUGGGCGGGACUCCUCGGCCGGGCCCUUCCCCGGGCCCUGGGCCCUCGCCAGGAGCCAUGCUGGGCCCUAGCCCAGGCCCUUCGCCGGGCUCUGCCCACAGCAUGAUGGGGCCCAGCCCGGGGCCGCCGUCAGCAGGACACCCCAUGCCAACUCAGGGGCCCGGCGGCUACCCUCAGGACAGCGUGCACCAGAUGCACAAGCCCAUGGAGGCCAUGCAUGAGAAGGGCGUGUCGGACGACCCACGCUACAACCAGAUGAAAGCAGUGGGCAUGCGCUCUGGCGGCCACGCGGGCAUGGGGCCCCCACCCAGCCCCAUGGACCAGCACUCCCAAGGUUACCCCUCGCCUCUGGGUGGCUCCGAGCACGCCUCCAGCCCCGUUCCAGCCAGUGGCCCGUCCUCAGGCCCCCAGAUGUCCUCUGGGCCCGGGGGAGCUCCCCUGGACGGCGCUGACCCCCAGGGCUUGGGGCAGCAGAAUCGGGGCCCAACUCCGUUCAACCAGAACCAGCUGCACCAGCUGCGGGCCCAGAUCAUGGCCUACAAGAUGCUGGCCAGGGGCCAGCCACUCCCUGACCACCUGCAGAUGGCCGUGCAGGGCAAGCGGCCGAUGCCUGGCAUGCAGCAGCAAAUGCCAACCCUACCUCCGCCCUCCGUGUCUGCCACGGGCCCUGGGCCUGGCCCUGGCCCCGCUCCUCCCAAUUACAGCAGGCCUCAUGGUAUGGGAGGGCCCAACAUGCCACCCCCAGGCCCUUCAGGUGUGCCUCCUGGGAUGCCGGGCCAGCCCCCUGGAGGACCCCCUAAACCCUGGCCUGAAGGACCCAUGGCGAACGCUGCUGCCCCCACUAGUACCCCCCAGAAGCUGAUACCCCCGCAGCCCACGGGCCGGCCCUCCCCCGCCCCGCCCGCCGUGCCACCUGCCGCCUCGCCUGUGAUGCCACCGCAGACGCAGUCCCCGGGGCAGCCCGCCCAGCCGGCCCCCGUGGUACCAUUGCACCAGAAGCAGAGCCGCAUCACGCCCAUCCAGAAGCCGCGGGGCCUGGACCCUGUGGAGAUCCUGCAGGAGCGGGAGUACCGGCUGCAGGCCCGCAUCGCGCACCGAAUUCAGGAACUUGAAAACCUUCCCGGGUCGCUGGCCGGGGAUCUGCGAACCAAAGCGACCAUUGAGCUCAAGGCCCUCCGGCUGCUGAACUUCCAGAGACAGCUGCGCCAGGAGGUGGUGGUGUGCAUGCGGAGGGACACGGCGCUGGAGACGGCGCUCAACGCCAAGGCCUACAAGCGCAGCAAGCGCCAGUCCCUGCGAGAGGCCCGCAUCACGGAGAAGCUGGAGAAACAGCAGAAGAUCGAGCAGGAGCGCAAACGGCGCCAGAAGCACCAGGAAUACCUCAACAGCAUCCUGCAGCACGCCAAGGACUUCAAGGAGUACCACCGGUCCGUGACGGGCAAGGUGCAGAAGCUCACCAAGGCCGUGGCCACGUACCACGCCAACACGGAGCGCGAGCAGAAGAAGGAGAACGAGCGGAUCGAGAAGGAGCGGAUGCGCAGGCUCAUGGCCGAGGAUGAGGAGGGCUACCGCAAGCUCAUCGACCAGAAGAAGGACAAGCGGCUGGCGUACCUGCUGCAGCAGACGGACGAGUACGUGGCCAACCUCACGGAGCUGGUGCGCCAGCACAAGGCCGCCCAGGUGGCCAAGGAGAAGAAGAAGAAGAAGAAGAAGAAGAAGGCAGAAAGCGCCGAGGGGCAGACGCCGGCCAUCGGUCCGGACGGCGAGCCGCUGGACGAGACCAGCCAGAUGAGCGACCUCCCGGUCAAGGUCAUCCACGUGGAGAGCGGCAGGAUCCUCACGGGCACCGACGCGCCCAAGGCCGGGCAGCUGGAGGCCUGGCUGGAGAUGCACCCCGGGUAUGAAGUCGCUCCCAGAUCCGACAGUGAGGAGAGCUCGGAGGAAGAGGAGGAGGAGGAGGAAGAGGAGGAGCAGCCGCAGCCGACGCAGCCUCCCACCCUGCCCGUGGAGGACAAGAAGAAGAUUCCAGACCCAGACAGUGAUGACGUCUCGGAGGUGGACGCCCGGCACAUCAUUGAGAACGCCAAGCAGGAUGUGGAUGACGAGUACGGCGUGUCGCAGGCCCUGGCCCGUGGCCUGCAGUCCUACUACGCCGUGGCCCACGCCGUCACCGAGAGGGUGGACAAGCAGUCGGCACUCAUGGUCAACGGCGUCCUGAAGCAGUACCAGAUCAAGGGCCUGGAGUGGCUGGUGUCACUUUACAACAACAACCUGAACGGCAUCCUGGCGGACGAGAUGGGCCUGGGCAAGACCAUCCAGACCAUUGCCCUCAUCACGUACCUCAUGGAGCACAAGCGUAUCAACGGGCCCUUCCUCAUCAUCGUGCCCCUCUCGACCCUGUCCAACUGGGCAUAUGAAUUCGACAAGUGGGCCCCAUCUGUGGUGAAGGUGUCCUACAAGGGAUCUCCGGCUGCAAGACGGGCUUUUGUCCCCCAACUCCGGAGUGGCAAGUUCAAUGUCCUGCUGACCACCUAUGAGUACAUCAUCAAAGACAAACACAUCCUCGCCAAGAUCCGUUGGAAGUACAUGAUCGUGGACGAGGGCCAUCGCAUGAAGAACCACCACUGCAAGCUGACGCAGGUGCUGAACACACACUACGUGGCCCCACGGCGGCUGCUGCUCACGGGCACGCCGCUGCAGAACAAGCUGCCCGAGCUCUGGGCGCUGCUCAACUUCCUGCUGCCUACCAUCUUCAAGAGCUGCAGCACCUUCGAGCAGUGGUUCAACGCGCCCUUUGCCAUGACGGGCGAGAAGGUGGACCUGAACGAGGAGGAGACGAUCCUGAUCAUCCGGCGGCUACACAAGGUGCUGCGGCCCUUCCUGCUGCGGCGCCUCAAGAAGGAAGUCGAGGCCCAGCUGCCCGAGAAGGUGGAAUACGUGAUCAAGUGUGACAUGUCCGCCCUGCAGCGCGUGCUGUACCGCCACAUGCAGGCCAAGGGCGUGCUGCUGACCGACGGCUCCGAGAAGGACAAGAAGGGCAAGGGUGGCACCAAGACCCUGAUGAACACCAUCAUGCAGCUGCGGAAGAUCUGCAACCACCCCUACAUGUUCCAGCACAUCGAGGAGUCGUUCUCCGAGCACUUGGGAUUCACCGGCGGCAUCGUCCAAGGCCUGGACCUGUACCGCGCCUCCGGCAAGUUCGAGCUCCUGGACAGGAUCCUGCCCAAGCUGCGCGCGACCAGCCACAAGGUGCUGCUGUUCUGCCAGAUGACUUCCCUCAUGACCAUCAUGGAGGACUACUUCGCCUACCGCGGCUUCAAGUACCUACGGCUCGACGGAACCACCAAGGCCGAGGACCGGGGCACGCUCCUCAAGACGUUCAACGAGCCGGGCUCGGAGUAUUUCAUCUUCCUGCUCAGCACCCGCGCCGGGGGGCUGGGCCUCAACCUGCAGUCGGCCGACACGGUCAUCAUCUUCGACAGCGACUGGAACCCCCACCAGGACCUGCAGGCGCAGGACCGGGCCCACCGCAUCGGGCAGCAGAACGAGGUGCGCGUGCUCCGGCUGUGCACGGUCAACAGCGUGGAGGAGAAGAUCCUGGCGGCGGCCAAGUACAAGCUCAACGUGGACCAGAAGGUCAUCCAGGCCGGCAUGUUCGACCAGAAGUCCUCGAGCCACGAGCGCCGCGCCUUCCUGCAGGCCAUCCUGGAGCACGAGGAGCAGGACGAGAGCAGACACUGCAGCACGGGCAGUGGCAGUGCCAGCCUCGCCCACACUGCCCCUCCGCCAGCGGGCGUCAACCCCGACUUGGAGGAGCCGCCCCUAAAGGAGGAAGACGAGGUGCCCGACGACGAGACCGUCAACCAGAUGAUCGCCCGGCACGAGGAGGAGUUCGACCUGUUCAUGCGCAUGGACCUGGACCGCCGGCGGGAGGAAGCCCGGAACCCGAAGCGGAAGCCACGGCUCAUGGAGGAGGACGAGCUGCCCUCCUGGAUCAUCAAGGACGACGCCGAGGUGGAGCGGCUCACGUGCGAGGAGGAGGAGGAGAAGAUGUUCGGCCGCGGCUCCCGCCACCGCAAGGAGGUGGACUACAGCGACUCGCUGACAGAGAAGCAGUGGCUCAAGACCCUCAAGGCCAUCGAGGAGGGCACGCUGGAGGAGAUUGAAGAGGAGGUCCGGCAGAAGAAGUCUUCGCGGAAGCGCAAGCGGGACGGCGAGGCCGGCUCCUCCACGCCGACCACCGGCACGCGCAGCCGCGACAAGGACGAGGAGAGCAAGAGGCAGAAGAAGCGCGGGCGGCCGCCGGCCGAGAAGCUGUCCCCGAACCCGCCCAGCCUCACCAAGAAGAUGAGGAAGAUCGUGGACGCGGUCAUCAAGUACAAGGACAGCAGCAGCGGACGGCAGCUCAGCGAGGUCUUCAUCCAGCUGCCCUCCCGCAAGGAGCUGCCCGAGUACUACGAGCUCAUCCGCAAGCCCGUGGACUUCAAGAAGAUCAAGGAGCGCAUCCGCAGCCACAAGUACCGCAGCCUGGGCGACCUGGAGAAGGACGUGCUGCUGCUGUGCCAGAACGCGCAGACCUUCAACCUGGAGGGCUCCCUGAUCUACGAGGACUCGAUCGUGCUGCAGUCCGUGUUCACGAGCGUGCGGCAGAAGGUGGAGAAGGAGGAGGAGAGCGAGGGCGAGGAGAGCGAGGAGGAGGAGGAGGCCGAGGAGGAAGGCUCCGAGUCCGAGUCGCGCUCCGUCAAGGUCAAGAUCAAGCUGGGCCGCAAGGAGAAGGCGCAGGAGCGGCUCAAGGGCGCGCGGCGGAGGCCGGGCCGGGGCUCGAGGGCCAAGCCCGUGGUCAGUGAGGAGGACAGCGACGAGGAGCAGGACGAGGAUCGCUCCGGAAGCGGCAGUGAGGAAGACUGA